AUGUCCACCAAGGGUGCAGCGACAGUCAUGUCCAAGGCCCCCAAGGCUCGCCAUGUGGAUGAGAUUGCCCUCCCCAACCUCGGCGAGGGCUUGUCUGGCGACUCGAUCGUUGUCGGCUCCAACGGAGUCCCCCACUACAGUUCUGCUACCUGGUCUGCUCGUCACCCCACAGUUGGUUUGACAGCAUCUGGCCGCUCUCGCGAUCCACGACGCCCUCACCAGCCAAUGGUGACACCUUUCUCGAAGACUAAUCCAGAUGAAAAGCACAUUCGCGAGAGCAUGCCUCUCAGCUCCAGUCUACACGAGGAUCCCCGUGAGGCACUAUUGAAGUAUGCGGAGCAGGCGGAGAAGAACCCCAUAUACACCAGCGCAUACCGAGAGACUCAGCCAACUGCCAUCUACGCGGAGCUGAGUGAUGAGGAGGAGAAAGGGCCUGAGAAGAAGAAAGCCAGGCGUUGA